CAAUUUUGUGAAACCAUUAGAAGAAGAAGAUAAUAAGCUUAUGGUUCCAUCGGAGAUAGAAAUUCUGGGAGACGAAUCUGAUCGUCGUUUCGCCAAUCUGAGAGGUGUGCGGUGGCGGGUGAAUCUCGGUGUUCUUCCGUUUCAGUCUUCUUCCAUCGAUGAUCUUCGCAAAGCAACUGCUGAAUCUCGCAGAAGAUAUGCUGCUUUAAGAAGACGUCUCUUGAUAGAUCCACAUUUGUCUAAAGAUGUUCGAAAUUCUCCUGAUCUCUCUAUCGACAAUCCCUUAUCCCAAAACCCUGAUAGUACAUGGGGUCGGUUCUUUCGUAACGCAGAGCUAGAGAAAACUUUGGAUCAAGACUUGUCUAGGUUAUAUCCAGAGCAUUGGAGUUACUUUCAAGCUCCUGGAUGUCAAGGAAUGUUAAGACGAAUUCUACUCUUGUGGUGUCUUAAACAUCCUGAGUAUGGUUAUCGACAAGGAAUGCAUGAGCUUUUGGCGCCUCUGCUUUAUGUACUUCAUGUUGAUGUUGAUCGUCUCUCUGAAGUGCGUAAAAGUUAUGAAGAUCAUUUCAUAGACAGAUUCGAUGGUUUAUCUUUUGAAGAAAGGGAUAUUACUUACAACUUUGAGUUCAAAAAGUUUCUGGAGGAUUUCACAGACGAUGAGAUUGGUGGUAUUCAGGGGAACUCAAAAAAAAUAAAGAGUCUAGAUGAGCUCGAUCCCGAAAUCCAGUCUAUCGUGAGGUUAAGUGAUGCUUAUGGAGCCGAAGGUGAACUCGGGAUUGUCUUGUCCGAGAAAUUCAUGGAGCAUGAUGCUUACUGCAUGUUUGAUGCUCUAAUGAAUGGAGCUCAUGGUUGUGUUGCAAUGGCUGGAUUUUUCGCUUACUCUCCAGCUAGCGGAUCCCACACGGGUUUACCUCCCGUUCUUGAAGCUUCCACUGCGUUUUACCAUCUUUUAUCGUUCGUUGAUUCGUCCCUGCAUAGUCAUUUAGUAGAACUCGGAGUUGAACCUCAGUACUUUGGGCUUCGUUGGUUACGAGUUUUGUUUGGAAGAGAGUUUUUGCUUCAGGAUUUAUUGAUAGUGUGGGAUGAGAUAUUCUCAGCAGAUAAUACGACGAGAACAGAUGAGGAUAACAAUAGAAACCAGAGCUACAAGAUCUUUGAUUCUCCUCGGGGAGCUCUAAUCUCGGGAAUGGCAGUUUCGAUGAUAUUAUGUUUAAGAUCAUCAUUGCUUGCUACUGAAAAUGCAGCUUCUUGUCUUCAGAGACUAUUGAAUUUCCCAGAGAACAUUGAUGUGAGGAAGAUAAUAGAGAAAGCUAAGUCAUUACAAACUUUGGCUUUGGAUGAUGAUGUACGAUCAUCAGCUCUGUCGAUAAAUGAUGGCUUUGAUCAGAGCAUCAGUCCAGCAGUACCGGCGAGAACUAACAGUUUUCCUUCGGGAUCUACUUCUCCUAAAUCUCCAUUGAUAAUUACACCACAAAGUUAUUGGGAGGAUCAAUGGAGAGUUCUACACAAAGCCGCCGAGGAAAAGAAACAGAGUCCUUCUCCAAUACAGAAGAAAAAGCCCUGGUUCAGGGUGAAAAGACUUUUCAGAACAGAGUCUGAGCCAACUCAGAGCGCCAAAUCAUCAAAUGGGAAAAGUGAAGUCAAGGUAUCAUCUGUUGCGCGUAACUUGCUUGAAGAUUUUAAUCGGCAGCUUGUUUCUGAACCUGUGGAAGCUAAUCCAAUAGAUGUUGUGCACAAUGAAGAUAGCUCAAUUCAAGAAGCCGAGGAUAUAAACACGGAUUUUGAAACUGCAGCUGAAGAGAGUAUAGUAAUGGAGGAGAAUUCAUCUGACGUUUUCUCAGAUCCAAACAGUCCUCUCAGAGGCUCAAACUACAUUGAGAAUGAUUCGGAUAGCAGUAACGAGUCAAAUCUAUUUCCCGAUGAAACAGUUAAAGAUCAAGAAACAAGCGUAGUAGAUUCGCCUCUUUCCAUUUCUUCUCAACCGAGCAUGGAGUUUAUAGUAUCUCUGUCUAAAGAUCAAGAAACAAGCGUAGUAGAUUCUCCUCUUCCCAUUUCUUCUCAACCGAGCAUCGAGUUUCCAGUAACUCAGUCCAAUGAUGAAGACAAUGCUGCAGAUAAAUCUGUGGCCAUUAUCAAGGAGCGUAGUAAGGUUUUACCAGGAAAAUUCCAGUGGUUUUGGAAGUUUGGACGCAAUAUCGCUGCUGAGGAGACGAGAUGUAAUGGUGUCGAAAGUAGUAAGAGCGAUUUAGUUUGCUCUUCCGAGUCACAUUCUCUUCCACAGGCUUCAUCUUCGAGCAGCAAAGGAGACACAGACCAGAAUGUGAUGAAUACUCUGAAAAACCUUGGCAAUUCGAUGCUCGAACACAUUCAGGUGAUCGAGUCAGUUUUCCAGCAAGAACGAGGUCAGGUUCAGGCAGGAUUAAUGGAGAACUUAUCUAAGACCAAUUUGGUCGAAAAGGGACAAGUCACAGCCAUGACAGCUCUCAAGGAGCUUCGUAAAAUUAGUAAUCUUUUGUUGGAAAUGUGAUGGACCCUUUGAUUCUUCUUGUUCUGCUCUGUGUACAUAUAUAUCUAAAUUUUUUGUAAAGUAUUGUUCUUUAGAGCACGGAAUAAAGAUAAAGGAAAAGU